ACGCCUCUCCGGAGAUACAGCCAAUCAGAGGCGGCCAUAGCACUCGGCCGCUUCUUCUCCGCCAAUCACAGCCCGCCUUCUUGGAGGAACGCGGUCACACAUCGAGGCCUGUAUUUUGUCAGCUGGGAGGAAGCCCGCAGUGCUAACGUUUCGUCAUCAUCAUCAUCCUCAUCAUCAUUCCUGGCCAAGAUGCCGCACAUAAACAAGUCCAGAAAUGCCCCGGCGUCGGAGAGUCCAGGCUCGGUCCAGGAAGGUGCCGAAGACCCAGACCCGGUUCCCAGGGAGCAGAGCCUGGCCGCAGGAGGUGAAGGAGAUGACAACGUGGGAGACGGCGAGAUCAUCAAGUCCCCCAGUGACCCCAAGCAGUACAGGUACAUUGUGCUGGACAAUGGACUGCAGGCGUUGCUUAUUUCAGACUACAGUGGUCCAGCGUCAGAAGAUGACGACUUAGAUGAGGAAGAAGAGGAGGUGGAAGAGGAGGGGGAGGGGGAGGAAUCUGGUGAAGAAACAGAAGACGAAUCGGAAGACGACUAUGAGAAGGACAGCGACGACGAUAAUGACAAGGAGGGAAAGCGGAUCAAAGGAAAUGCAGAGAAACAGUCUGCGGCAGCGCUGUGUGUUGGAGUGGGCAGCUUCAGCGACCCCUGCGACCUCCCCGGCCUCGCCCACUUUCUGGAACACAUGGUGUUCAUGGGCAGUGAGAAGUAUCCCUCAGAAAACGGCUUUGAUGCCUUCCUCAAGAAGCACGGAGGCAGCGACAACGCCUCCACCGACUGCGAGAGGACCGUCUUCCAGUUUGACGUCCAGAGGAAAAGCUUCAAAGAGGCUCUUGACAGGUGGGCUCAGUUCUUCAUCUGUCCUCUGAUGAUCAGAGACGCCAUCGACAGGGAGGUGGAGGCCGUCGACAGCGAGUACCAGCUGGCCAAGCCGUCGGAUUCCCACAGGAAGGAGAUGCUGUUUGGCAGUCUGGCCAAACCUGGACACCCCAUGGGCAAGUUCUGCUGGGGUAACGCCCAGACUCUGAAGCUGGAGCCCAAGAAGAAGAAGAUCAAUGUCUAUAAGCAGCUGCGUGCCUUCUGGAAGAAGCACUACUCUGCCCACUACAUGACUCUGGCUGUGCAGUCAAAAGAGAAGCUGGACACUCUGGAGGAGUGGGUGAGAGAGAUCUUCAGCAAGGUGCCCAACAAUGGUUUGCCCAAACCCGACUUCUCUGAUCUGCUGCAUCCUUUUGACACACCAGCCUUCAGCAAGCUCUACAGAGUUGUUCCAGUUCGAAAGGUCCACGCUUUGAAUAUCACCUGGGCUCUUCCCCCUCAGGAAAAACACUACAGAGUGAAGCCUCUCCACUACAUCUCCUGGCUCAUUGGCCACGAAGGCACAGGAAGCAUCCUCUCGGUGCUCAGGAAGAAGUGCUGGGCCCUGGCGUUGUUUGGUGGGAACAGUGAAACCGGCUUUGAUCAAAACUCCACCUACUCCAUCUUCUCUAUCUCCAUCACACUGACUGACGAAGGCUUCCAAAACUUCUAUCAGGUGACUCAGCUGGUUUUCCAGUACCUGAAGAUGCUGCAGACGCUCGGGCCACAGCAAAGAAUAUAUGAAGAGAUUCAGAAGAUUGAAGCUAAUGAGUUUCGUUAUCAGGAGCAGAUCGACCCCAUAGAGUACGUGGAGGACAUUUGUGAGAAUAUGCAGCUGUUUCCUAAAGAAGAUUUCCUGACAGGAGACCAGCUGAUGUUUGAGUUCAACGCAGACGUGAUCACUGCAGCGCUGUCCCUCCUCACACCAGAGAAGGCCAACCUGAUGCUGCUGUCACCAGAACACGAGGGCCUGUGUCCCCUCAGGGAGAAGUGGUUUGGCACGCAAUACAGCAUGGAAGACAUCCAGCACGAGUGGAUGGAGCGCUGGACAGGAAACCUGGAGUUGAACAGUGACUUCCAUCUUCCCGCUGAGAACAAGUUCAUCGCCACCGACUUCGCCCUGAAGCCCUCGGACUGCGCAGACACAGAGUUCCCCGUCCGGGUGGCUGACAGCGACAGGGGCUGCCUGUGGUACAGAAAGGACAACAAAUUCAAAAUCCCAAAAGCCUAUAUCAGAUUCCACUUAAUCUCUCCUGUAAUCCAGCAAUCUGCUAAGAACUUGGUCCUGUUCGACCUCCUAGUCAACAUCCUGGGCCAUAACCUGGCGGAGCCGGCCUAUGAGGCUGAAGUGGCCCAGCUGGAGUAUAAACUGGUCGCUGGUGAACACGGCCUGGUCAUCAAGGUCAAAGGAUUCAACCACAAGCUGCCCUUGCUGUUCCACCUGAUCAUUGACCACCUGGCUGAUUUCUCUGCCGCCGCCGACGUCUUCAGCAUGUUCACCGAGCAGCUCAAGAAAACCUACUUCAACAUCCUCAUCAAACCCGAGAAACUCAGCAAGGACGUUCGCCUGCUGAUCUUGGAGCACUCUCGCUGGUCCAUGGUGGAGAAGUACCAGGCCCUCACAGCCGGUCUGACCGUUGAUGAGCUGAUGGAUUUCAGCCGGCGCUUCAGGGCCGAGCUGUACGCUGAAGGACUGGUGCAGGGCAACCUAAGCAGCACAGACUCGGUGCAGUUCCUGCAGUAUGUCACAGACAAGCUGCAGUUCUCCAAGCUGCCAGCAGAGGUGCCGGUGAUGUUCAGAGUGGUGGAGCUUCCUGUGGAGCAACACAUCUGCAAGGUCAAGUCUCUCAAUAAGGGAGACGCCAACUCUGAGGUCACUGUUUACUAUCAGUCUGGCCCCAAAGCCUUAAGGGAGCACUCACUGAUGGAACUGUUGGUGAUGCACAUGGAGGAGCCUUGCUUUGAUUUCCUCAGGACUAAAGAGACUCUUGGGUACCACGUCUACCCGACCUGCAGAAACACCUCCGGUGUUCUGGGCUUCUCUGUCACCGUGGAAACGCAGGCCACCAAGUUCAGUACCGAGCUGGUGGAGUUAAAGAUUGAAGAGUUCUUGGCUUCGUUUGAGGAGAGACUCAAUGCACUGACUGAAGAGGCCUUUAAUACUCAGGUGACUGCUCUAGUGAAGUUGAAGGAGUGUGAGGACACACACCUCGGAGAGGAGGUGGACAGGAACUGGGCUGAGGUUUUAACACAGCAGUAUGUGUUUGACAGGCUCAACAGAGAGAUCGAGGCUUUGAAGCAGAUGACCAGAGACGAGCUGGUCUCCUGGUUUCAGGAGCACAGAGGAACGAAUCGUCGUAAGCUCAGCGUGCACGUGGUGGGCUUUGGUGCCGAAGAAAACGAUGAAGACGAUGGCGGUAAAACCCAAGGAGAAGAGGAUGACUCAACAUAUGGAGAAGUCUCUAAGCUCACCUUCCUUCCUGCCUCGGCCAAGCUGGCAGGAGCCGUCUCCAUCCUGGACAUCGCCGCGUUCAUCAAAGACCUGCCCCUCUUCCCCUACCACAAGAUACUGGAAUGAACUCACGCCAGACCGCGAAACACAGAUGGCUGAGCAUCGCCUCCUAGUGAACCUGCGCUGGGGAAUGCUGCCUGAUUACAGAUGCAGGCGCUUAAUACGUGGAGGUGAAGGAAGGUUAAAACGCUCGGCUUCUCUUUGGACCUUGACUCUGUCUCUGGAGCCCAGAUGUAGAUUUUACUUGCGUCGUAUGCAUUAGUGAUGAUAGUCUUCUUUUAGCUUAGCCAUAGUUUUUUCUGAUUCCUCUCUUUUAAUUAUUUUAUAUUCUCAGACACCAGCAGUGUGGGAGAAUGCGCUCUCCUUGUGUAAUCCACGCUGACUUAAAAUCUUUGAAUCAGAUUCUCGUGGAUUUGAUUUUUAAGUUUGGCUGCUGCUUGUUUUUCCCCCAGAGACUUGAGUCACUGUGCAAACUGCAGCAUAACUGAGCCCUUUCAACUCCACACUGAGCGCGUUUGAGUGAUUGUGUGUCGGAUGUCGAGCGCUGCAGUGUAUUACUGACCUGGAUCGUGCAGUGAUAUGAAAAUGUGCAAAUAAAUGUGUCGCUGAGUGAUGAGUGGA